AUGCUCAGUAGGGGGUGGAAUCUGAAAUGACAGGUUGGGUUUAAGUAUCACCACCAACCUGGUGGCAACAGAGACGCAGAGAAGACUCAGCAUCAUCGGGGUGGACGACCCAGCAGACUGAAAUAGGUUCAAGAUCAUAGAGACACCAUGUCAGCAGACUUUGGCAAAAAGAAGGUAUUUCAACAAAUCAAGGUCAGUCAUGAGUUCAAGGAGGAUAACUGUUGGAUCAAGAGGCCUGAGGAGGACAGUGUGACUUCUGAAAAGAAACAGAAACUGGCUCCGCCCAAAAAGGGUUCAUACAUCCAGUCGAUCCUCAGAAGAUUUGAGGGUUCACCUAUUGAGACUAACAAUGAAAUCAAUCCUGGUAAAUAUGAUGCACCGCUCGAGGAAAGAAGAGGAAAUACUGCAAGAGAUACAACAACCACAUCACCAGCAGAAAAACUGGUUAAUAAGCCAGAGCCACAAAAGCAAAUGCCAGUUAUAAACACAAAUGGACAAAAAAAGGAGGUGGGAGUAGAAGCACCAGCUGACGAGUCCAAUAUGGAAGACAACAUGGUGCCUGUUAAGGUCCCAGCAGAUGUCGAUAAAGAACAAGAAAUCCAACCAGCUCCUUCAGCAACCGAAAAUGUUGAUGCAGCAGAUAAACCUGCAGAAGUCGAAGGAAAAACCGCUGAUACUGAGCCUAAAAUAGUAGCAAAGCAGCUUUUCAGUGAUCUUCAGGAGCCAGCUAGUGUCACAGACACUGAAGAGGUUCCUGCUACACCCCUAUUCAUACCAAAACCUCAGGAGGAAGCUUUAAUCAGAGCAGAGCCAGCAAAUACACGUAGUUUGGGGGAUGCAGGGGAGGAAGAAUCUGUGCUAACUAAAGACGGUAGUGCAGAGAAAUCCCUGCAACAGGAGAGAAAUGGAGAAAUCCUCCCUGCUGUCUCUCAGUUUACAGUGCAGGAGAUGGCUGAGAACUCUGCAGCACCUGAUGAAGACAUUUCUCCUCAAGCCACCAAGGAAUCCGACAUACAGUUUGAAACUGUGAGCAAGUCCCUAAGUCAGUUUGACAAUGAAACACCUGUGGAGGGCAGUUGUGAAAAACAACCCCAAGAACAAGAUAAUAAAGAAGCUGAGGUUGAGAAUGUGAUGGCAACCCCCAAAGUUGAUAAUGCAACACCCAGUGAGGAGGCACCUCCACAUAACAGCAUGCAACCAGGCACCAAUACUCCGUCUGAGUCACAUUCUGAUGCUGAGGAUGUUGUUGUAGCUGUGAAGUGUGAAGUUGAUCAGGAAGCCAUAGAGGAGCCAGUCUUAAAAAGCAGAACGGAGGAGGCUGUUGAGGCCGAAAUCCAACCGGUUAACAGCACUGCUGUUGAACGACAUGAUGAGCCCUCAGUGGAAAAUGAACAGGUGGACCUUAACAUUGAAGAUGUUCAUAAAGCAAUACCCCCUGGAGAUGAUGGAGCUGUUCUGGAUGCUUCUGAUUUUAAAGCCAUUGAUCUGACAGAUGCACUGGAUAUGAAAGUACCUCAGAAUGCAUCUGUUCCUGAACCUGAAGAGUCAAAAGGACUUAAUCAGGAGGAGCUGUAUGAGCAGCGUGAUGAUACCAAAGAUUCCAAUGGGAUUCAAAAACCCGAAGAAGAGCCAAAUUCAACCAAAGCCCCUAAAACACCCAGGGAUGAAAAAUCCAUCUGCUCCUACUGCCUCAACGUCAUCGAUGGGUGUAUCAAGCUUUAUUUUAAUUAUCCGCCUAUGGCAUGCCAUCCAGAAUGCCUCAAGUGUGGCGUUUGUGAAAAGGCGAUUGGAGACCUGAAUAGCCGUAUCUUCCUGCAUGACAAAGUGAUCCACUGUAAUGACUGCUUUUCUAGGGUGCUUAAUAUUUGAAUUCAGCUGGGGACAAACACUGUAUGUCUCACAGGUUACGGUGAAUAAUGUACCCUACAAAAUAUCUUCCAAUUAUAAGCUCCUGCUCUGAACGUUGCUUUUCUGAUUUAUGUUUUUUUUUCCCACUUCAAAGAAAGAUUUGGUUUAUAUGAUGUUUAAAAAUGGUGUAAUUAAAAACACUGUCAGUGCUAAUUACCACAAAUGUUUGAAUGAAAUGCUCCACGUUCAGCAAAAAUUAUUUUAUUGCCACUUACAGUAUAUGAUUAAAAUCAAAUUACAAUUAAGUCCCUUAGAUCAAAUCGUUCAAUUAGCUUUAAUUACAAAUAAGCACAUGCAACAUUUGUCAGCCGCUGCACAGUUAUUUAAAUACAGACUUCUCUUUUUCUUAUUUAAGUAGACAUGAAGACUGUCUCUCAUGUUUAACAGAAAGAGAAAGAAAUGCACAGCUGAUUUAUUCAGAAGUGACAAGUUCCAAGAUAAACUUACAUUCAGCUUUGCUAGCUUUAGACUCAUGAUGCUCCUGGCGAGGUGCGGAUAAUAAGGCAGCAGCAGCAGCAGCA